AUGCUUGUUGAUAGUGACAAGAAAGGAGGGAUGGAAAUUCCCGCGAAUAAGGCCUAUCUACCUUUUAUUGUGAUUGUUCACCUGAAGAAGGCUGUUGACACUUGUCAAAAUUUAAAUGUUCAUAAACAAUUUACAGGUUUGGUGAAAAUUAGGAUAUGGGAGCGUCCUUACAAGUGCACAAUCUGCGGGUUUGCCUUCUCACGACACGAUCACCUCGUGAAGCACAACCAGCCAAAUAAGGGUAGGCGGAAACUAAGCUGUGUACCGCAAGCUGGACUCAAAACGGAACCAGAGGCGGAGCUUCCCAUGGUGACCACACCUGUAGCUAUGACCACAGAAAGUGGAGAAAUAGUGAUUGCUCAGGCCCAGGUACAAGCUCAGCCACAGCAACUACCACAGCCCUCCCAAACUCAGCAGGCUGUUUCACAUGUUGAGGUCCUCAACCAGCAGCUUGUGACGACGGCAACACCAACAACGGCAACAACAGCCACUGACAAUAUAGUUACACCCACCACGCUCAGUUUACAGACUGCAAACACCAACGGCACGAUAGAAAUCAUUUCACAGCCACAGCAACAGCAAAUCUAUCAGACCAUAAGCACACCUGGUAGUGCCAACACAGUCCAGGUGUAUCCAGUGACGCAAAUCUUCCCAACAACAUUUCAGGUUUCACCAACAACAGCACAGAUUUUCCCCACUACUAUACAGAUGAAUGCAACUACAGCACAGAUAAUUCCUUUGCAAAUGUAUCCCAUCACCACACAGAUUGCUGCGGCAUCUGUAUAUCCUAAGCAGUAG